AUGUCAGUCGCAGACAGCCUGGUAGAAUCCGUCGCGACAUUCAGAGGAGUCCUCACUUCAGAUGAAAAUGCCGCGCUCCAAGCUUCGCUCUCAGACCCUCUUCCUGAUGUCGGUGCGGUGAUCGCCUUCACGGCAUCCCUUGAUCGUGCAAAUGCUCGUCGCAAGGGGCCGAGUAUUGCCUCUCGGCUAUAUUCCAUUAUUGAAUCUUUUCAAACAUUUUCUGCCAUGGUCGAGACCACAGUGCUUACCUACAUGCAGAUCUUGAGCAACUUUACUUCCUACUUUCAAGAAUUCUCCAAAGUGUUGAUCAAAGUCGAGAGGAUUCGUCCCAUGUUUGAGGAAUACAAAACCCUUUUUCCCGACUCCGAGGAACUUCAGAAGGCCGUCUGCGAGCUCCACGCAUCUAUCCUCAGAUGCUGUACACAGCUGAUCUCCAUCGUUCGGCGCGCAUGGCCCGUUCAUCUUCUCCAUGCGGUGUUCCAGUCACUUCCUUCCGAGAUGCGAACCUCAACUGAUGCUAUGUUUGACGCGGUGGAAGUGGUCAAGGAGCAAAUCUCUAUGGCCAAAACUCGGGCGCAGGUUCAUGAAUACAAACAGCAGAUGGGAAAACGAAGAGAGCUUCUUGAUGGUCUUUCAAAGUACGACUAUGUCACGGCUUUUCAACAAGCCCGCCAGAAAAGAUUCAAGGGGACUGGAGAGUGGAUUGUCUCAGCUCCUCAGUUCAUCGACUGGCGGAAGAGGCCAACAUCUGGGAUCAUAACCUUGACCGGAAAAAUUGGUUCUGGCAAAACCAUUUUAAGCGCAGCCGUUAUCGACUCCAUUUUUGAAAAGGAUGGCACCAGUUUGCCCGUUAUGUUCCACUUCGUUCGAUUCGAUGAACCAAAGUCCAUGGAUGCUGAAACUAUUCUGAGAUCUUUGAUUCGCCAAAAUCUUCAACCCGAGUCUAUGACGGAAGAGAUCACUAAUAGUCUUGCCAAUGCGGCGAAAUCUCUCUACAGCCCAGAGUCGCUUCGCACGCUACUUGAAAGAAAACUCAUCUCUCAACAGGAGACCUGCGUGGUUAUAGAUGCUCUGGACGAAUGCCAACAUUCUCAUCAGAGAAAGAUAUUGCAGGCACUUCUGUCAGCGAUAAGCCUCCCAUCCAUAAAUUUGAAGCUGUUCAUUUCCAGUCGAGGAAACCUCUCUGGUCUGUUUCAAAUCCGACAAGAAAAACCUCAAAUUUUGUUCGGCAUCUCGACAAGUUCUGACGCUGCUGCUCACGACAUUGAAGUCUACAUCGAAGAUGCCCUGGAGACAAAGGUCACUGAGGGAGAACUUGCAUUCGAGGACCCUGGAAUUAAAGAUGAGAUACGAACAGAGCUGUCAAAAGGUGCUCAAGGGAUGUUCCUAUGGGUCGCGCUCGAAAUUGAGGACGUUUGCUAUCAGUGCAAUGACGAGGCCAUCAGAUCGGUACUACGAGAUUUGCCGAAAAACCUAACAGAGACCUUUGAUCGCGCCCUACAAAGAAUACGCGCUAGACACAAGAACCAAGAAGCAAUCGCGCAGAAGGCCUUGCAUGUCGUAGCGGCAGCCAAAAGACCCCUCAAGCUUGCCGAAUUACGCAUUGCCAUCUCGAUUGAAAUCAACCAAAGCCAUUCAAGGCCAGGCCAACUGGUGAACAAUAUUGAUCUAGUUGCGCAAUGGUGUGAGAACUUGCUCUAUGUUGACGACUCAACAAAUACCGUCCAGUUUGUUCAUCAUUCAGCGUUGAAAUACAUUUUGGAGCCCAGUAGCUUGGCGGACAUUACCCAUUUUCACCGACCUCUGGACGAUUGUCAUCAUGAGCUGGGCGAAAUAUGCGUCACAUAUUUGAACCUGAACGACUUCAGGACGACAAUGAUCAAGCGGCCCAAGCCCUUGCCUAUUAUGGACCCCAAUGCAAUUCAACGAGUGGCCCUCAACGCUUCAUCGGUGAAAAAUAGCGUCGUAAAAGGACUGGAAACGCUGCGGAGCGGAUCUCCAAUUAGACAAAACGUACCGGUACACACGGCCUCGGUCGCGCGGCUGGAAAGGUAUCGCAACCAGCCAGCCGCCGUCGUGACUACCGAGUCGGGCGGCGCUCAAAACUUUGAUAUUGGGCGUUUGCUUGACUACGCCGCUGAAUUCUGGAUACAUCACACGUCUUCUUUCCAAUCGGGGAAAACCCACGAGGCCAUUUGGGAAACAUGGCAUUUCAUGAUCAGCGGCGCUCAUGACCUAGCAAAGACUCCGUGGACAGAAGAAGACUAUGCCCAAAAGUCUGCCGUCGCAGUGUCUUGGGCAAAAAACGUGGAGCACGUAGCCCUUCUCGAGAGGUUCUUCUUCGCGGAGAACUAUCCUGCAGAAUACGACGCCGUGGAUGUGCUGUCUUUAUUUGUCAACAUGACCUCGAAACGGCUCCUCGCACGCCUAAUUUCUCGCCUCAGUCACUCAGACUCCAUUGAUUGCUACGGAAGGGCAAUUGCUCGAGGGUUGAUAGCCUCGCCCGCUGUGCUCUUUAAGGAGGUUUCCUGCCAGUGCGGCAGUUCACGAGAUGGCCUCCUACCUGAUUUGUGCCAAUCUGCAACGCUUGGCACCUACCAACCAAACCCAGCCGGUCCAAACUUUAGUGAACUUGCAUUUCUUUCAGCAGCGUGGUACGAUAUCCGGAUCACCCUCCAAAGACUCCUCUACUAUGCCCCUCCCUGGCUUCAUAAUCCUACUGCCAUGGGCAAGUCGGCAUUGCACUUGGCAGCAGAAGCCGGCAACGUUACCGCGACCAAGCUUCUUCUUCAAGAGGGCUUCGAGUUUAGGGCUCUGACCAAACCGGAAAUUGGGAAGAAGACGCCUCUUCAAAUUGCCAUGGAUAGAGGGCAUGGGAUCGUGAUGAAGAUUCUCAUAGACUGGGGGAAAGAGCACAAAGAUCGUCCUCCCCUCUCAGAUGUGCCGGAGUGGAAGGGGAGAAGAAACACGAUAAGAUCAAACAGGUGGGGCAAGUAUCCUCCUGAAGCUGAGAGAUACCUUGACCUGCAGGAGAUGAUAUCUGGGACCAAGGUGCCACGUGUUAGGGCGGAUGAUAAGCAUCCCACAGCGCUUCCUCACAUCUUGAAGGCCAAUGGGUUGGAUUGGGAAGACAGGGCUAAGUUCUCAUGA